UUUGCUCCAGUGCCGGGGAAAUUAUGUUCGUGCUCAUUGUGUGGUCUUGUGGAGAACAAGAUGCAAAAACCAGAGCAGCCAAACAAAAAGAUGUGAACAAAUAAAGCUAUUGCUGCCCUUUCAUCUUAUAACUGUAAUUAUGAUAGCCCAACUGGCAUUGGCUCUAGUAUGUCUUGUUGCGGCAUGGAUGCCAUUUCUGUGCUUGAGUCCUCUAAAGGGAUGGUCUUGGUCACGGACCUUAUGUUCAUGGCGCCUAAAAUUUCCCACUCUUUCCUUCAGCAGCCACAAGCACAGAGAGAUAUCUUCCGAGUCUGUCAGCCGUCCUUGGCUCACAGCCACCACCUUCGGUGGCCAGUGCUGCACUCACGCACAUCACGAACAAGAAUGUUCUGAAUUGAACGAGGAUGAUUUGAAGGUAUUGGCUUCUCACAUAGACGAGACCGAUGGCAGUCCACCAUGGAAGCUCAUGAUGGAGCACUCUACCCCUACUUUGACAUACCAAGCUUGGUACAGGGAUCCACCGUUAGGCCCUACGCAGUACCGUACAAGAACCGUAUUCGAAAAUGUAUCACCUGAGUUGCUGAGGAACUUCUUCUGGGAUGAUGAAUUUAGACCCCAGUGGGAUAACACGCUCAUUCACUUCAAAACUCUCAGAGUUUGCCCCCAAACUGGUUCCAUGACCGUCCACUGGAUUAGGAAGUUGCCAUUGUUCUGCAGUGAUCGAGAAUAUGUCAUAACCCGGCGUAUCUGGGAAUCUGCUUCUGGAUAUUACUGCCUAUCGAAGGGAACACCAUAUCCACCCAUACCAAGGUCUAAAAGACCAAGACGGGUAGACAAUUAUUAUUCGAGUUGGCAUAUAAAAUCAGUGAAGCCUAGGAAUGGAGAGCAGCAUAAAAUGGCAUCAGAAGUGCUUCUGUUUCAUCAUGAAGAUAUAGGCCUCCCGAGGGAGGUUGUGAAGAUGGGUGUUAGGGCAGGAAUGUGGAGUCUGGUAAAGAGACUGCAUCUGGGCCUGCAGAUUUACCAAAUGGCAAAGGAAAAUGAUGGGUCUCCUUCGAAUUAUGCACUUAUGGCAAACAUAACCACAAAGAUUAAAAAUUAGAUGAUUUCUUCCCACCAUUGUUUUGAGUGGCGAAAACAUCACAAGUGCAAAAAGUGAAGUAAAAUAAUAGAGAGCUCCCUCAGAACUUGUAAAAUCUUCAACAUGACUUUGAUUUAGACAAGGCUGAAACUUAUAUAUAUUUGGCGUUCAAUCAU